AAAUAAAGACACGUAAGCACACUUCCUUAGAAAGAAAAUGGAUAGAGAAAUCCAGGAGUGUUUGUUAUAUCUACAACAAAAUGCGUCAGAAGUCCGUGAACUAGGAAAGGGAUGGGGCAUGACCGACGCAGAAAUUAAUCAAUGUGUUGCCAAAGCGAUGAGAGCCAAGGUUGAUACUACGGACCAACUUUCUUCAGACAACAUUGCGGCUAAGUUUAAAACGCGGAAGUCUUGGAAUCGCGUCCGCUGUUUUGCGAAGUACACGAUUCUGUUGACGGGGUUGGUGCUGGUUGCGGCUGCAAGUGGCGCCGCUGUUUUGUGGUGCCAGGGCAAACCACUAUUUAUGAUGACGCCUGAUCGACUACUACAACCAUAUGCUUAUCAAAUAAUGAAAGUAGUGCGUAUCUUCGGUCCACCUUUUCAAGCUCUUAACCCAAUGAUCCGUGACUACUAUACAGAAGAAUGCAUUGUCAAAAACCCCCUGUGGGUGGAUUGGGAUAUUGACUGUGAAGUGUGCAAACUUGCGACGAAGGUUACAGAGUUUAAGAACCCACGAAAGGAAUUGGACAUAGACACCUUCAGAAUACCAGCAGUAUUCAAGAACUUAAUGCCCCGUGGUGUGACCCUCGAGGAUGUGACAUCUGUGAUACUGCAUAGCAAGGUGGACCUGUCGAGACCCAUCCAGUCAACAGCAGACUGGAGUGGGACAGCUGUCGAUUUCGCUAACAACGCCACCGUCGAUAAAAUUGCCAAAUCUCACGGCUUUCAAUUUCAUUGGAAGAGCGAUUUCAAUCUGGAGGUCGGUCGAUUAAUGCGAACUCUUUUCCCAAGGCCACUGGUAUUUGAAAAAGAACUGGAAGUAUCUGUGAAGAAAUAUUUGUAUGUGGAUGGACCAAACUCAGAGGGCUAUUCUCUGCCUGACUGGGAAGUAGGGUUUGCGUGGUACACACAGGGAUUUGGUGUCAGGACGGUGACGUUCACCCCAGUACAGCAGUGCACAGACCAGUGUUCCAGCUUUCAGAUGAACGUCGCGCAGCGCGAUGUCUUGAUUUACCCUGUUGGAUACUGGGUCGUUUCUGUGUUGUCCAAUGGAGAAGAUCUCAGCAUCAGCUAUAUGGGAGAAGGCACGAUGAAGUCGUCGCUAUGCUUUAUAACGGACCGUGUUGCUGAAAUUCGGAAGAUGGGUAAAGCAGGCGGUCUAGACGAGGGUGAGAUAGACAGCUGUGCGUCAGAGGUGUUUGUGGAGGACCAACUGGACCUGUGGAAGAUGCUAAAGGCGUGGGACAGUAAGAAGACGACCCGGAACGAGUGGAUUCUGUUUGGAGCUCUUCUGUGUCUGGUUAUCUUCUCUGCGGUCGAGAAGAAGGGCGGGGCCGAGGUGAUCAUCCAGCUGUUUCCCCCCGUUUUCGCUUCUCACGUCCGGUUUGCCAUGCUCAGUUACUGUAGAAAGAUCUCGGCGCUGUUAUUGAAACAUUGUGAAAGACUUGGCAGCACGUGCAGUUCUCACCUCAUCACUUUACUGCUACGUGACUCCGGACCCGCGUGCAUUGAGUUAGUCAGUCAAUCAAUCAGUUUUGUAUUAGUUUGUAUUACAAACAUCGCUCGUGCAGUCAUUUCCAUCAUGGAAGCGGUCGCGCGCAGUAAGGACUUUUUAACUAAACAAGUCGCCGAACUGAGGAAACUAGGUGAGGUCUGGGGACUAGAUCAAGAGGAGAUAGACGUCUGCUCGUAUGACGUGUGUACCGACAGAUGGACGGAGUUGUGGACGUCGUGCAAGGCGUGGAUGUACAAGAUGGCGACACGACGCCACCUGGUAUACCUCGGGGUCGCAAUGUUGCCGGUGUUGCUGUUGGUGUUGCUGAAUACUCCAGCAGUGAACGUGGCCAUCGAAAUCCUGCCCCCGCAUAUGUCGGCUGGAGUGUUUUACGCGUUUAUGAGUUCCUACAGAAAGAUGGUAGCGCAUAUUUUGCCAUUUGUGGAUUUAACUGACAAUUACAAUGCUCAGUGCAUGGUAAACAACCCUCUGUGGGAGGACCCAAUGACGUCAGACUGUCACGUGUGCGAUGGCCUGAAACAGGUGAAGCAGUUCAAGACUCCCAUUAAAAGCAUGAAGCCAUUCCUCUUUGGCUACGUGUUGGUCCACAGGCAACACAUGCCAAAGAAUGUGACGAUAGAGGAGUUAUCGUCCCUGAUUGACAGGAACAGAAACACGGUGAGUAAUCGAACCAAGUCGUCGGUGCCGUGGAUAAAGACAACGCUCGACCUAGCUGUGGACGAUCUGGAGGAAAAGAUUAAUGGAGAAAAAAACUUCCACCUUGUUUGGAACAGUCAGAAUCAGCUGUUUGAUGGUCAACUCAUGAGGAAACUCUUCCCUCGACCCAAGUUCUUUCCUCCCGAGGUGGAGUCGUCCAUCGUGAAGGAUAUCAUGAUAGAUGGGCCUCACUCAUCGGAAUACCCUUUGCAUGAAGGACAGCCCGGAGAGUACGGUUGGUAUGCGCAGGGGAAAGGCACGAAGACCCUGUUAUUCACCCCCUUGGGUCACUGCCAGGACAAAUGUUACUCCUUCCAAAUAACCAUGAACCAGGGAGAUCUCUUGACGUAUCCAGUGGGCGGUUGGCACGUGAAGUCUCUAGUAAAUGGGAAGGAUAUCAGCAUCAGUUACGUCAGUCAUCUGUCCUUUUUAUCAUAAUCCGGCGCCAUAUUGGAUACAGCCAGUCGAAGAGUGAUCAGCGGGGUUUUAUGACUUAAAAUACAGUGGAUUUGCAGUCACCAGCCAUCAUGUAUUGUUUUAGUUUCAUUUCAUUUAACAUUAUUAAAGUCUUUGUACUUGGAUAGAGUACUUUACGAUCGGUGGAUUGUUCUAGAAGCAUAUAUACGUAUUUCAUAAUUAUAUGCUUUCAAAUAAAAUUGUUGUAUGAU